CCGACAUAUUGAAAUGUUUUCCCUUUCCUCUUGUUCUUCACUGAGCUCAGCAGCAGCCAUCAGCUCUCGCUCCUCAGCCGGACACAGGGCUAACAGCACGGACAUGGAGAUAGACACUCUUUUGGAAGCUAUUAAAGAUUUUGACAAGAAGGGGAAGAAAGAAGUGUCUUCCGUGUUGGACCAAUUUUUAUGUCAUAUUGCGAAGACUGGAGAAACCCUGGUGUCAUGGUCUCAGUUUAAAAGCUACUUCAUAUUCAAGCUGGAGAAAGUAAUGGAGGAUUUUCAAGCAUCGGCCCCAGAGCAAAGUGUACCUGCCAACCCAAACGUGGAAUCGGUGCCCUUUGAAGAAAUGAAGGAGAGGAUCCUUAAAAUUGUCAAUGGAUACAACGGGAUUCCAUUUACCAUCCAACGCUUGUGUGAACUUCUCACAGAACCCAAGAGGAACUACACAGGAACAGAGAAAUUUCUCAGAGGGAUAGAAAAGAAUGUGAUGGUGGUCAGUUGCAUUUAUCCUACAUUGGAGAAAAAUGGCUGCAGUGGUGUCAACAGAAUGAAUGGAGUCAUGUUGCCAGGGAACACAUCUAUCUUUACAGAGAGGAAAGUAAAUGGGCCUGGAACGCCCAGACCAUUAAACAGACAGAAACAUUCCUUGUCCAGUUCACUAUCCACAAACGGCCUUCCAGACAGCACUGAAAACAAAGAGACGAACACAGCACAAGAACACAGCAAAACACCCAGUGAUGCAUCUGCAUUAGGCAUUGGUAGCUCGGUAAAGAACAAACACUUGGAUGAAGAGGAAGAAAUGGAGGCAGAGGAACAUGAGGUAAAGAGACUUAAAUUCAACCAGGAUGGAGAAGAGGAUGAGGAGGAUGAAGAGGGUGUAGAUGUGCAUGUUGGUGAGACACCCAGGUCUACAUCGACUGAGAGCUCCUCAGAUAAGUCAGAGGAUGCAGAAUCACCAUCGUCUAUGUCACGGAAGACAAACGAAGAAGAGGAGGAGGAAAGUAAACCUGGUUCGGCCAGAGAGUGUGAGGACAAAGAGCCUUCCAGCACGCAGUCUGAGAGUACGACUGCGGAUUCCAGAGAGUCCUUUACUGAACGAGAGGUUCCCUGCGGAUCAGACUCUUCCGCAGAGGAGCCCAGCGAUAUGGACCAAUCGGAGCAGAGAGCCCCAUCAGGUGUGGCCUCUAGUCCUGAGAUGAAGGAAGGGGAGGAUCCAAGUGAGCAGGUCAGCAGCAGUAGCAAUGAUGAAAACACAUCUGGACCCUCAUCUAGCAGCAGUAGUGCAGACUCGCCCACAGAGGGCGACACUGAGUCAGGGGCCCAAGACUCUGAGAGUGCAGAGGAGCCUAUGGAGCAGGACUAAAGAAACUCCUUAACAACUACUGUGUACUUUUGUGGAGAUUAUUGGGAAGACACACAAUUAAGUGGCCUUCCACAAUGGCCAUCCGAAGCAACACCCAACUACCACCAUGCGCCUUCUGGUCGAGAGUCACCUAACUUCUCCAACCUUCCCAAAUGGACACUUUAUGCAGAUGUACAUACGAUUUUAUUUCUGAAGUGAAUGUUUUAAACUGGAUGGUUAUCUUUUUUGUUUUGUUUUUUCAAAUUCCAUUCAUGUUAUAGGUUUCUGUCUAUUUUGUUAGGCGGACACUUUCACCAAGCUAAAAUCAGUUUGACUGAAGUUCAUCUUGACAUCUUUUAUCCAGGAACGCAGUCUUGUUUUAUGUUCUAAGCUUUAGGUUGUUUGACCCACCAGCUAGGUUGUAUCUCUUCUGCAUUGGUGUUAUUAUUUCACUUGCAUAGCGCCAAACAGCAGGGCAGUGGAGUUUAUCGUUUUACUCUUUCUUAAGACCCGUAACUGGCCACUGUUCAGAGGUUACGUUCCAAGCAAAUACAAGCCAUAGCUCUAUUUGUUCUGUUAAAUAAAUUGAGCAGUAGCCUUGUUUUUCUAUAUAUAUUUUUCUUUCUUGUAGUUUGUGUGUAACUGACAGGGGAUGUACAUUGUUUUGUAAAAUUCCCCCCCUCCCACAAUCACCAUCUCUUAUGUAUUAUCAUGCAGUCUGUACUGCAUUGAAAGUGAGAGGUUUGUCAGGUACAUUUACCUCUUGAAAAAUUACAACUAAGCAUUCUUUUGUGUUUUCAUAUUUCAUGAUUCACAUUAAUUUAUACCAGCAUUUCAAUCUUGACUUAUUUUUGAGAAGCUGAUUUAAUUGUGUUGUUUUGCAGAUGGUAUUUAAUGACAAGCUGAAUUACAAUGUCAUUUGUGACAGUUUGACUCUUACCGAUAUCAGUUGGCUGCCGUUUUCCAGCUGUACUUUUUUUUUUUUAUUUCUGUUAAGUAGUGUUUUGUAGAGCAUUGUGUUCACUUCCUUUUUGUGCAUCCAAUAUAAUUGUAUGGUGAUGUUUUUUGUGUAUACUGAAUGCUUGUGGUUUCAAUAGAAUAUUCAGACAAAGCAAUAAAUGU